CAAAGAAAUAUACAUAUAAAAUUAUAAAAAACAAAACCAAAACUAAAACUAAAACCAAAAAAAAAAAAGAAAGAAAAAAAAAGAGAUAUUAUUAAUCAUAUAUAAUUGCAUAAAUCCAACAUAGUUUUUUUUUUUUUUUUAAAUAAUAUAAAUCAAUUAUUUUGUUGUAAUCUAUAUACACUACACUAUAAACAAUGUCAAUGUUAACUUCACUCCAACAAGCUGUACACAAAGCAUAUGUUAAAACUGUUGAAAAAGUUACACCAACUUUAUCAACAUCAAAAUUCCUUGAAGAAGGUGUUUUAACCCCAGAAGAGUUUGUUCAAGCAGGUGAUUUAUUAACUGAUAAAUGUCAAACUUGGACUUGGGAAUCAGGUGACCCAUCAAGAAAUGUAUCAUAUUUACCAAAAGAAAAACAAUUUUUAUUAACAAGAAAUGUACCAUGUUAUAGCAGAGUUAAAACCUUGGAAAAUGAAUCAAAUGCUUCAAAAGCUGAAGAAAUUAAUAUAGAAGAAGAUGAAGAAGGUGGUUGGAUUGCACCACAAUCAACAGUUCAAGAUAUUAAUGAUGAUGAUGAUGAACCAGAUAUUUCUUCAUUAAAAAUUGAAGAUAAACAAACCACAACUGCCACCAAACCAGCAGUAACUAAUAAUGAUGAUGAUGAAGAUGACGAUGGUGAAAUUCCAGAUAUGGAUGAUUUCCAAGAUGACAAUAUUGUAGAAGAGGAAGAUCCAGCCGUUCUUUCAAAAAAUACAACCACCACAACAACAACAAAUAAAGAAUCAAAAGAAGAAGAUAAUAUUCUAAGAACCCGUACUUAUGAUAUUAGUAUUACUUAUGACAAAUAUUAUCAAACUCCACGUGUUUGGUUAUUUGGAUAUGAUGAAAAUAGAAAACCAUUAAAACCAGAAGAAAUUUUCGAAGAUAUUUCAGAAGAUCAUGCACAUAAAACUGUCACUAUUGACUCACAUCCACAUUUGGGUAUUUCAUUUGCCUAUAUUCAUCCAUGCAGACACGCCUCUGUUAUGAAAAAACUUAUUGACAAACAAUCAGAAAAUGGAAAAGAACCAAGAGUUGACCAAUAUUUAUUCCUUUUCUUAAAAUUUAUUUCUGUUGUUAUUCCAACCAUCGAAUAUGACUUUACUUUAGAAUUCGAUACCUAAUCAUCAAUAAUAGGUAGAAAAAUAAUUAGAAUUAAUAAUACCAAUAAUAUAAAAAAACAAAAAUAAAAAUAAAAUAAAUAAAAUAUUUAUAACAAACAAAAAACAUAGUUUCUUAAACAAUUAAAAAAAAAAAAAAAAAGAAAUGGAUAAAUUAUUUUUAGGUUAAAAGAAUAAAUAAAAAAUUAACUUUGG